UAAAACAUAUGUGGGGCUGAUCGAGGCAAACUGUAGGGGGAAUCGGGAAAUAUGUGUAUAUUCAGUUUUGUCAUACUUAUUUACUGCAUUAUUACAAGUGUCUUAUUUAAUUUACUACAUAGAGUUUUAUUAAGUUGUAUGAAGCCUUCUUGUUUGGUGAUAUGGCCUAAGGGGUAAUAAUAAUAAUAAUAAACUUUAUUUAUAUCUUGUCCUCUCUCCAAACAGGACUGGGGCAGCUUACAAAAAGUAAAAACACAAUGCAAAGUACAAAUUAGAAAAUUAUAACAUGAUACAUAAACAAUCAAUAAAAUUAUUUAUUUAUUGUUAAAUAGUUGAACUCACCUAAAACCAUUGACACCUAUUAAGAUAAUUGAAACACUACCCAGCAUCCUUUAUAAAAAUGUUUUUCCUCACCUCUCUCUGCCUUUCAGUCACUUUGAGGUGAUUUAAACUAUUUGUUUUUACUAUUUCUGUGUUCAAUUCUAUUUUAAUGUUUGUAUGUUGUAGGGUCUAAAUUGUAAUUUGUACUUUUUAGUGUUGUGAGCUGCUUUGGUUCUUGUUUAACAGAAGAAAGCAGAAUAAUAAUAGAAAUUAUCAUCAUCCCCCUGUUAAUUGGACUUCAGAGACCUUGCGGUACUCUGUGUUAUAUGGACUCCCACACCUUCUAUUCAUCACCAAUGUUUUCCUUUGCUGCAUCGUGGGUUGUCCCAAAAUUUGUUAAAAUGGGAGGACCUGCCCCUUUGAUUUAUUGUAAAAGAGGGGAAGAUUCUCCCUCUCACUCUUUGCCCCAAAUAUUCCCUGUUUGUCCGUCAGUAAUGAGCUCAUAAAGUAUAGCUUUCCGUGCAAGAGAGAGGACUUGUGCACCCUGCCCCCAAUUUAAACAAGGGAAAGAGGAUCAGCAGUAUAUUUGCUUGGCUUUCUGUAGCCUGUCUGGAGAUUGAUUCAUCUUCUUUUCCCAGUAAAAGGAAAGAGGAGAAAAGGACUUGUAUAUCCCCUCAAACCUUAUUGAGCAAGUUGAUUAUUUUUCCUGAGAAACGCUGCAGUGGAAAGAAGAGGGCAGCAGUAGCAGUAGGGUUUGUGCAUUACGUGCCUCCUCCCCCAGGAAAGGAAUUUGGGAGGAGGGGAUUAGUCGAAACAGUCCUUAUGCAGGAGAGAAAAGGCUGGAGUGUAUCAUGGAUAUGGUGCAGUGAUGCUGACAAAAGAAACGGCAGCUUCAAAACUAUGCCAGUGAAUGAUUAAAAGAAUCACUUGCGUGUACUGAAAGUAUCGACCUCUUUCUGGGCAUGUGUGGAAAAAUGGCCUUGUUAAAAUGGAUGGACUGAGACUUCUAAGAAGUCAGAAUUGAUUGAACAAAACUAGUUCUUAGACAAAGUGCAUCAGUAGACCAUUUGCUACUACAUUAAAUGAUCACAACUGGGAUCUCAUGCAACCUUUGUAUUUUCUGGAGAACCUUCUCCAGAAGUGUGUUAUAAAUUUUAAAGGCAGAGAUGACUGUGUUUUCUUUUGGAGCUUACUAAGGAUAAAUACGUUUUCCAAUAAUGACCAGCUUGAAGCGGUCCCAGACUGAAAGGGCUGUUGCCACAGGAGUAUCAGAUGGAACUCCUAAAGUUCACUCAGAUGACUUUUACAUGAGACGCUUUAGGUCACAGAAUGGUAGUUUGGGAUCUUCAGUGAUGGCUCCAGUAGGCCCUACACGCAGUGAAGGGUCUCAUCAUCUUACUUCUACUCCUGGAGUUCCUAAAAUGGGAGUUAGAGCAAGGAUUGCUGACUGGCCUCCAAGGAAGGAAAACAUCAAAGAAAAUAAUAGAUCAAGUCAAGAUAUGGAUACAUCAAGCUGCCUUGAUAGCAUGUCUUCAAAAAGUAGUCCUGGGAGUCAGGGAAGUUCCAUUAAUUUGAAUGCCAGUGACUCUGCCAUGUUGAAAAGUAUCCAGAACACACUUAAAAACAAAACAAGACAAUCUGAUAACCUAGAUUCUAGGUUUCUUACACCUGAUGGUUACCACAGUUCUCCUAGGAAAGCUCUUCGUAGAAUAAGACAGCGUAGUAAUAGUGACAUAACCUUAAGUGAGCUUGACAUUGAUAGCUUUGAUGAAUGUAUCUCACCCAGUUAUAAAUCUGGACCAUCACUGCACAGAGAAUAUGGCAGUACCUCAUCAAUAGAUAAGCAGGGUACUUCGGGUGACAGCUUUUUUGACCUAUUAAAAGAUUAUAAAGAUGAAAAAUCUGACCAGAGGAUCCUAGGCAGCAGCAAAUUUAGUGAAAUCCUUAUAGCGAGUGGAAGUAAGGGUUCGGGGUUUUCCUUGGAUGUGAUUGAUGGACCUAUUACUCAGAGGGAGAACCUCCGAUUAUUUAAAGAAAGGGAAAAACCACUGAAAAGGCGUUCAAAAUCAGAAACUGGAGAUUCUUCCAUUUUUCGAAAGCUCCGUAAUGCCAAAGCUGAAGGGGAACUCGGGAAAUCUUCAGACCUUGAGGAUGGCAGAUCAGAAGAUAGCAUCAAGCCUUGGAUCUGCCCAAAGUGUUUUGCCCAUUAUGAUGUACAAAGUAUAUUAUUUGAUUUAAAUGAGGUGGCGGUUAACAGGCACAAUGUUAUUAAACGAAGGAAUACAACAACUGGAGCUUCUGCUGCUGCAGUUGCAUCCUUAGCUUCUGGACCAUUAUCCCAUUCUGCAAGUUUUAAUUCCCCAAUGGGCAGCACAGAAGAUCUGAAUUCCAAAGGAAGUCUCAAUAUGGACCAGGGAGAUGAUAAAAGUAAUGAUCUUGUGCUGAGUUGUCCUUAUUUUCGUAAUGAAAUUGGUGGAGAAGGAGAAAGAAAGAUCAGCCUCACCAAAUCUAACUCGGGAUCCUUCAGUGGCUGUGAAAGUGCCUCUUUUGAGUCUACUCUUAGCUCUCAUUGCACAAAUGCUGGGGUCGCUGUACUUGAAAUACCGAAGGAAAAUCUGAUGUUACACUUGGACAGAGUGAAAAGAUACAUUGUUGAACAUGUGGAUCUUGGUGCAUAUUAUUUUCGAAAAUUCUUUUAUCAAAAAGAACACUGGAACUACUUUGGGGCAGAUGAAAACCUUGGUCCCGUAGCUGUGAGUAUUAGAAGGGAAAAACCUGAAGAAAUAAAAGACAAUGGCUCUCAGUACAACUACCGCAUCAUUUUCAGAACUAGUGAGCUUACAACACUAAGAGGUUCUGUCUUAGAAGAUGCAAUACCGUCCACUGCAAAGCAUUGCACAGCCAGAGGAUUGCCUUUGAAAGAAGUGCUUGAACAUGUGGUCCCUGAACUAAACAUACAUUGCCUUAGGCUGGCCUUCAACACUCCUAAAGUCACAGAACAGCUAAUGAAAUUAGAUGAACAAGGGCUAAGCUAUCAACUUAAAGUGGGGAUCAUGUACUGCAAGUCUGGACAAAGUACAGAAGAGGAAAUGUAUAAUAAUGAAUCGGCAGGCCCUGCCUUUGAAGAGUUUCUUCAGUUACUGGGAGAACGGGUUCGGCUCAAGGGAUUUGAAAAGUACCGUGCCCAGCUAGACACAAAAACCGAUUCAACUGGAACUCAUUCUCUUUAUACAACUUACAAGGACUAUGAAAUCAUGUUCCAUGUUUCCACCAUGCUGCCAUACACACCUAACAACAAGCAACAGCUGUUAAGAAAACGACAUAUUGGAAAUGAUAUUGUAACCAUCGUUUUCCAAGAACCUGGAGCAGAACCAUUCAGCCCAAAGAAUAUUCGUUCUCAUUUUCAGCACGUCUUUGUUAUUGUUCGAGUGCACAAUCCUUGCACUGAUAAUGUCUGUUACAGCGUUGCUGUUACAAGAUCCAGAGAUGUACCAUCUUUUGGACCACCAAUACCUAAAGGCAUCACGUUCCCCAAAUCAAAUGUAUUCAGGGACUUUUUACUAGCCAAAGUGAUCAAUGCUGAGAGUGCAGCCCAUAAAUCAGAGAAGUUCCGUGCCAUGGCCACCCGAACCCGUCAGGAAUACUUGAAAGAUUUGGCAGAAAAGAAUGUCACAAAUACACCAAUUGAUCCUUCUGGAAAAUUUCCUUUCAUCUCAUUAGCCUCUAAGAAGAAGGAAAAAUCCAAGCCUCCUCCAGGAGUAGAACUCCACAGUUCUGGUGCCGUUAUUUGGAGUCUCCGUGCUAAAGACUAUAGCAAGGGCAUGGAUAUAGAUGCUCUCCUUGGCAUUUCUAAUGAAUUUGUUGUUAUCAUUGAACAUGAUACAAAGAGUGUUGUGUUCAAUUGUUCCUGCCGAGAUGUAAUAGGCUGGACAUCAACAAACACAAGUGUCAAAAUUUUCUAUGAAAGGGGUGAAUGUGUUUUUGUGGAAAGUUUCAAAAACCAUGAAGAUAUCAAAGACAUUGUCAAAAGGCUAGAGCUUGUGACAAAGGGCUGCGAGUCGGUGGAAAUGACUUUACGUCGAAAUGGAUUAGGCCAACUCGGUUUCCAUGUGAACUAUGAAGGCAUUGUAGCUGAUGUUGAACCCUAUGGCUAUGCUUGGCAGGCUGGAUUACGGCAAGGGAGCAGAUUAGUGGAAAUUUGCACAGUGGCUGUAGCUACUCUAAGUCAUGAGCAAAUGAUAGAUCUCCUACGAACUUCUGUUACUGUGAAAGUUGUCAUUAUCCCGCCUCAUGAAGAUUGUACCCCACGAAGAAGUUUUUCAGAAACUCAUCGCUUGCCCGUGAUGGAAUACAAAAUGAACGAUAGUGCAGUUCCAUAUGAGCUGAAGUUCCCUUUCAGAAAUAACAACAAAUGGCAGCGAAAUGCUAAUAAGGGACAGGGGUCGCAUGGACAACAAAUGCCAUCACAGAUGCAAAGUCCAGUUCCCACAAGGAUUGCCUCAGGGAAAGGCGAAGGGAAAAUGUCUCUUCCAGAACGGACAGCAAACAUUCCACGCAGUAUUUCUAGCGAUGGGCGUCCUCUGGAGAGUAGAAGAUUAUCUCCUGGGUCUGAUGUCUACGUCACCGUCUCAUCAAUUGCCUUAGCAAGAUCACAACAGUGCCGUAAUUCCCCCAGCAACUUGUCAUGCUCCAGCGAAACUGGAUCUGGUGGUGGCACCUAUAGGCAAAAAUCUAUGCCUGAAGGGUUUGGAAUGAGUCGAAGAUCCCCUGCCUCCAUUGACCGACAGAACACUGAUACCAGCGGAAGUGGCAAAUCUACUCCAAGUUGGCAGAGAAGUGAAGACAGUAUUCUUGACCAAAUGGAACCAACUUGCCAUCUCCCUGCAAUGUCAAAGGUGCUGCCAUCCUUCAGAGAGAGCCCCACUGGAAGAUUGAUGAGGCAGGAUCCAGUAGUUCACUUGUCUCCAAAUAAGCAGGGCCAUUCCGAUAGCCACUACUCCAGCCAUUCAAGCAGUAAUACACUGUCCAGCAAUGCCUCUAGCAUCCAUAGUGAUGAGAAGUGGUAUGAGAGUGGAGACAGGACAGAGUCAGAGAUGAAUAGCUAUAAUUAUCUUCAAGGCACGUCUGCUGACAGUGGCAUCGAUACCACCUCCUAUGGACCCAACCAUGGAUGCACAGUCUCCCUGGGCAACUCAGCAACAUCGCCCCGAUCAGGACUUAUGAAAGAGAAAGUGUCCCCACUGUGGCACAGUUCCAGUGAAGUCGUCUGUCUUGCAGACCGGACUUUAGAAAAAGAGAGUCACAUGAUGGACAGAAAGACAGAAUCUUCAUUAAGCUUGGACAUUCAUAGCAAAAGUCAACCAGCUUCUAACCCUUUAUCAAGAGAGAACAGUGCUUAUAGCCUUAGUGAUGCUGUUUCCCAUGCAAGUACCGUGGGUUCCCGACACUCUGCCAGCCCUGUUAUUUUCACCAGUGCCAGAAGUUCACCUAAAGAAGAGCUUCAUUCUGCCACUUCUCCACAGCUUGCACCACCUUUCCCCUCCUCCUCUUCAUCCUCUUCCGGCCCUAGGACUUUCUAUCCACGGCAGGGUGCAACUAGCAAGUACCUGAUUGGAUGGAAAAAGCCUGAAGGGACAAUAAACUCUGUGGGGUUUAUGGAUUCAAGAAAGCGUCACCAGAGUGAUGGCAGUGAAAUGGCACAUCCUAGAUUACGUGCCUCGGCCAGAGAUCUUCGAGCCUCACCAAAGCGACCUUCUAAAUCAAAUAUUGAAGAAGAAUUGAAGAAGUUGAUAGAUCUAGACAGUCCAACACCAGAAUCUCAGAAAAACUUUAAGUCUCCAUUUCCAAGCACUCCUACCUCAAGGCGUGCCUUGCACAGGACUCUGUCAGAUGAGAGUAUUUACAGCAGUCAAAGGGAUCACUUCUUCCCUUCACGAGCUUCUCUUCUGGACCAAGCCCUUCCAAAUGAUGUCCUUUUCACCAGCACAUAUCCUUCUCUCCCCAAGUCCUUACCAUUAAGGAGACCAUCAUACACAUUAGGAAUGAAAUCUUUACAUGGAGAGUUCUCUGCCUCUGACAGCUCCCUCACAGAUAUGCAAGAGCAGAGGAGGCAGCCCAUGCCAGACCCAGGUCUUAUGCCCCUACCCGAUUCUGCUUCUGACUUAGACUGGUCAAACUUGGUAGAUGCUGCCAAAGCCUUUGAGGUUCAGCGAGCCUCAUAUUUUACAACUGGUGACGAAAACCACAGACCUGUCAGUGUUGCUUCUCAUAAUGAUCAUGGCGAUGACCAGCUUUCUGCACAGAUGAAGCCUUACACUGGAAAAGAGUCGCCUCCUCUUGCUUCUAAAGUGAACCAGCUGGAAAGUAUGCUGAGAAUGCUGCAGGAAGAUUUAAAGAAGGAAAAAGAAGACAAAGCCAACCUUCAAGCUGAAGUGCAGCAUUUGCGUGAAGACAAUUUACGGUUGCAAGAAGAAUCCCAGAAUGCCUCUGAGAAACUGAAGAAAUUUACUGAAUGGGUUUUCAACACAAUUGAUAUGAACUGAGAAUGGCACACAUGAAACAAAUACAUUGGCAAAAAUAAAUAAAAUCUCUGUAGUGGGACUGAAGCUUUAAUACCACCCUAACCAUGACCUUUGAAAGCCUAGUCAGAGUGCUUUCACAUGUUUCAUACUCUGAUUACAUGGGGUUUUGUUUUUUUGUUUUUUUUGUUUUUGUUUUUUGCAUCUCUGCAAACACCCAGAUUAACAAUCAUUAUCUGCCUUUUGUAGAAAAUAAGCAAAAAGUGAUUUUAAAGAAAAUAAAAAAUUAACCGCUAAAAUGUGAAUGUCUUUAUUUUUUUGCACAUUCUCUUUAACUUUUCUGUACAAAAUGACAUGGAGAGUGGACCAGAAUAACUGUCCAUUUGCCUCUAUUUAUUUCUCUUCAAGACUUUGUAUCGGUUUCAGAUUAAUCUGCUUUAUUCUUGCUGCUUUAACAAAUAUUACAAGUUCUAGAAGACUAGAAAGAUGUUUAUUUUGCUGCUUCCUUUCUGUUGUUUCACAGGAACAAGAUGAUGUUUUGGGUGCCUCAUUAAUGAUUUGCACUUCAUCACCUGUAGUGCUUUCUCCCCAUUUUUUGUAUGGAACCAUUGCUCAUUGAAUGAGUUUGUGUACAGUCUAGCUAGCAGAAACCAGAUAUGGCAAGUUAUCUUAUUCCAUUCUUGCACAUCUUUCUGGAAUAGUACUUGCACAUGGAGAUGAAAGAGCUUCCAGCUACAUAAAGGACAGACAGCAUUAAUUUGGUAUGUUCAAUUGACAUCUUUUCGUUGCUUUCUUGAGAGAAUCAGUGUAGUUUUCAGAAUGGCAUCUUCCUAGUUUGGGACUUUUCUCUUAUCCGUUCCUUUUUAAGUCCAUAUUACAUUUGAACUUUCCUAAACACCAAGAGCGCCAGUCCCUAUAUGUAUCUGUAACUCUAAAUCUACUACGACACUAAACUUCAUUAAAGAAGGAAGCUCUUUGGUUUUGUCUGCCUGCCAAAAAAGGCUUCUGACACCUGGCUAUUGCUUAUAUCUCAGGCACAUUUGCACUGUCUUCCCCUAGUUACACAGAACUAGGCAUCCUGUUAGUGACCUAUGCAGGCGUAAAGACAGUAUGUCCCUGCAUAUGACUUCUUUAGCUGUUGCAGAAGAUGGUAUCCUCUUUCUCCACAUUGACCAAAGCCCCACUUGCUCACUGUUUAGUUGCUACAGACCACCUUCCCCAGCCCAGUCACUGGCUGUUGGAGACCAGGGAGAAUCAGCAUUUGGUUAUUUCCCCUUAACCAGACACAACAUGAUCUCAGUUGACCUUCCUUACCCACUGAUCCAUGGCCUGAAAAUAUUCCCUCUCAAAUUCCAAACCUUGAUUUUGCCAUUUUAUAUAAAUAAUACCAUUUGGCUAUGCCAUUGUAUAUAAUGGCGGGGAGGGGUGUUCUGGAACCAAACCCCUGAGGAUACCAAGGCUCCACUGCACAUCGUCUGCCAAGUCCUCCAAAGGGCCUUGGCAUAUUUCACCAGAUAACAUAACCAGGCUGUGUCUAACUGUGGAGACAUAGCCAGAUGUUUCUGUUAUUCCCACCAAGCUGGCUCCAAAUGUCCGGAGGAAACUGCAGCAAUUAUAAAAUGAGUCCAGUGAGAUGUAACAUAAUUCCACCUGCAGAAUGUUUACACUAUGCUCUGCCAUUCCCUGCCCAAUUCUAAUGCACACAGCACAAGAGAAUGGCACAAGCAUCCUUCUAUGUACUUUGCCUGAAAAGGACCGUCGAUUACUAGUUGCCUUCUCACUAAUUGCUGGAUCCAUUAACGACAAUGUGGCAAAUACAGGCUGCAGCUUAUAAAUUGCAUAAUACUAUAAGGAUGCACACAGUGAUAUCUGUGCCUGAAUACUAGCAACUUCUGUGACAUUCCAAUUUUAUUGUGGUAUUCUCUUUUAGGACCCUACUUAUCAAUAAGAAGUUAGAGGGGCAGUUACUUGCACAAGCACAGUAUGAGUCCCAAAUUCACAGAACUGAUAUACUGUAUACAGUUUCAUCUAUUAUUCACUUAGGGCCUUCUGUACAAGCUACACCCUCUUCUUGGUACCUCUGUUGUUCAUGCAGUUGAAAAUAAUAGGCUGUGCUAUUAUCCAUGGUUUCACGUAUCUAUGUGAGCUUCAGGAAUAUAUUCCCCACAGACGGGGCUGUACUGUAAACUUUUAAUAUCUUUGCUUUAAGUGCCCCAGGUAAAAAGACAGUUGAAUGACUCAUAUUAACAUGAACAAAGUCAUCCCUUUCUUUAUAGAAUCAAGGAAAGAACCUGUUCUCUUGUUCUUUGUGUGGAUUUUCUAGUAAAACUGGCUUACAUGACAUGUCUAUGGGCUGGGAAGUUAACUUACCAUGAAAUGUCACAUCUUCAGGAAUACACUCUGAAUAUGGGGUUGGGGGGAAACAUCUGUGUGCUGCAGCUUGCCUAAGCUUUGUUUCAAGUGGCAUGAUGUGAACCUAGUUCAUAAGCUCCGCUGCAUGCAUCCACGAUAGUCUUCCCUAAACAUUCCCAGAUCCAACAGUAAUUGUCUUAUGUCUAUCCAUUUCAUGAGCCCUCCUUUGUUCUCUGUGCUUCAGCCAUCUUUCUUUAUUAAAAAUCUCCUUAGCCUCAGCCAUCCAGUCGUCUUCCCCUUCACUGACAUGCAUUCUCUUAAUUCUUAAUAACUGUAUGAAUCCACAUGAUUUGCUUUGACCUAAAGUUUCAUUUGUGUUGACAAUGUAGUUGGGAUGCGUUUCUAAUAUUUAGUCAUGAAAGGGGAUUGGUUUGAAAGUAUUUCUGGAAUGAUUUUACAGAAAGCUAGAAUGUCUUAAGAGUUUUCUUUUUCCAGUAACUUGUAUGAAGGAGAACUAUAUAAUGCCUGAUGUAAUUUGUAAAUGGGAAAUAUUGCUAACAUCUCUAAGUAUCUUGACUUAUUUUUUCUCUCUUUAGUUUUUUUUUAAAAAAAACAUGUUGGGACUUUGGGCAGACUAUUUAUUAGAGUUUUGCAACAGAGUUCUUGUAUGAAGCCUCUGAAAGGCUACUUGUAAAAAACUGACAAUAAAAUUCAUUUUAAAGGUU